UCGGCUGUCGCAUAAAGCUGUCGGGAGUCGGUUGUCGCUAUCGUAACGAGAGUUGGUCAACUCUCAUCUUUUCCGACAUCCGACUUCCGACUGUACGACUAUUGUAGUAUACAGUAUAAUCUUAUUUUCAUCAUGGAAUGUACAAGUUUAGAUGAAAUAAUUAUUGAUUUUGUGCGCGAAAAUUAUUGUUUAUAUGACAAAUGUAAUAUAGAUUUCAAAAAUAUUAGGAAAAAAAAGGAUGUGUGGAAAAAUAUUUCCGAAACUUUGAAAACUUUAUAUACAGUAAAUAUGUCAGCUGAAGAAGUUGAAAAACGAUGGUCAUCUUUAAGAGAUAUGUUUAGUAGAGAGAAAAGACGACAAGCAUUACCACCUUCUGGUUCUGGAUAUGAACCUGUGAAGGAAUAGGAGUUAUACAGAAAUAUGUUAUUUUUAACUCCUUAUAUAGCUCACAGAAAAACAAAAACAUCAUUUGUUCAACAGAAUCAAUCACUAAGUUCAUUACAAACAAGUACAACAAAUACUUGUUCACCGGUAAAAAAAUCCAAGCAAUCUUUCAAUAUUUCUUCACCGUUAUAUGAUCACAAUUACAAUGGGCCUGUUGAAUUAAUUGAAGAGGAUACACCGUCAUUAAAUAUUGAAAAUGAGGAAAUAAUUAUGACAACUAAUAAUGAGAUCUUAAAUAGGCCUGCCAGUACACUUUCUAGCUGUAGUAGUACUAGCAGCAUCCAAUUGGAGACAAGUACGAAAUCCAAUUCGGUAAACUUAGAACGUCCAUUAACAUUAAAGUCUUUUAAAAAAAUAGUGCCGGAAAUGGACGAAUUUGCAAAACGUCGGAGGAGCAAAGAGGAUAAAAUUGAUCGCGAAUUAGCAGAAACAAGUAGAGAAAUAUCAGUUGCUAUCAAAGAAGUAUCAUCUCAAAUACAUUAUGAUAAACAUUUCAAAGAUGGUUACAUGUUUGCUGUAGAAGAAGGAUUAAAGUAUGUUUCUUCUAAAAAUAAGACACAAUGUCAUAGAAGUUCUUCAAAUUAUUAAAAAAUACGAGGAAAGGCAAUAAUUAGUUUUAUAGUUUUACAUUAAAAAGUAAUUAAAAUUAAAUAAUUCAAAAUAUUUAAAAUAAAUUUGAGUUUUAUAUGCUGUUCUUUAUAUUUUAUGUUUCACAAAAGAUACAGAAAGACUUAUAUACAGUUAUAAAAAUAUUAUCUCUAUAAAGUUUCUUUUAUAUUUUAUGUUUAAAGUUAUCUAAGUUUCUUUUGUUUUAUAUUUUUAGUUUCAAUUAAAUAAUAAAAUGUAUUUUAAGUUUCCAUUAAAGUUACAACAGAGUACAAAUUAAAUAAUACAAGUAGUAUUUCUUGUGAUAUGUAUGCUGUUCAAAAAAUUUGUGUUUUAUAAACAAUAUUGUUAUUAUUUUAUUAAUUUUUAUAUGUAUUAUUAAGACUGAUAUGUAUUAAUAAUAUUGAUAAGACUGAUAUGCAUUGAUAACAUUGAUAAAAAUUAUUUGUAAUAAUAAGAUUGAGAUAAGACAUUAGAAACAGGAUGAUUGUGAUUAUAAAGAUUACAAAGUUUUAUGUACAAUUAAUAUUAUUUAUUAAUAACGUAAUUACAAAAACUUUAUAUGUAAUUUUUUAUUAUUUUUAUAAGAUAUUUAUAUGCAUUCCCAUUGAUAUGGAAUACUUCCUUGUUCUGAGACAAAAUAUCGAGCAAGAGUUUCCCGUUGUCUCAUAGCAGCAGCCGUACCAAUGUUGGCACCAACUCGCCCUAAAGGAUGAAUAAACCCUGUUUCUUCUAUUUCA